AUGGCUAAACAUUUGCCCACAGAAACAAUCCGGUCAGCUGAUAAUAAUAAAAUACAUUAUUGUAAAGUCUGUAAUCGGUCGUUUUCACGAAGUGACAUGCUGACCAGACACAUGCGUCUUCACACUGGAUUAAAGCCUUAUGAAUGUGGAGAUUGUGGUCAGGUAUUCAGUCGCAGUGAUCAUCUAAACACUCAUAAACGAACUCAUACAGGAGAGAAACCUUACCGGUGCCCACAAUGUCCGUAUGCUGCAUGCCGUCGCGACAUGAUAACACGUCAUAUGCGGACGCAC